AUAAGUAGAUGAAAUGGCUAAGAUACUGUAUAAAUCUGCAAAAUUAAUCUGACAACGGCUGUUGGUCACAUUAAUUUUGCAGAUCUAUACAGUAUCUUAGAUUUGAUGGGGAAAUACUGUAAAGUCAAUUCAUAAUAAAUUAACUGUAAAACAAAGGUAAUUGAAUUUCAGGAAUAUCAAUUAUUAAAAUAGCCAUUCCAAAAUCUUGGUUUCAAUGUAUUAAAUACAAUAGUAAAGGAAAUACAAAAAUAGCACAAGACCGACAGAUCACAGUAAAAUGUAAACAUGUUUAACCAAACUAAACAAAUAAACUCGUAUACAGCCUGCUUGUCAACAACAGAUUUGAAAAAUCCUCUUUAGCCUAUGGGAGAGAAAAUCCUCUUUAGCCUAUGGGAGAGAACAUCCUCUUUAGCCUAUAGGAGAGAACAUCCGCUUUAGCCUAUAGGAGAGAACAUUACCAUUUGAAAAUACAGAACUUAUAACCUACAUAUCAAACUUCAUCUUUAAAAGAUGGAAGAAAAUAAGCUUAACUAAUUUAGAGAUAGUAAUAGAGAGCAAAAACAUCAAUGUGCGGCUUCUGUAAUGUUGUAGAUAAUAAUGAGCAUAUGUUUAUAUCAUGUCGAAAAAUUAAAUCUUUCUUAAAAGGAUGGGUGCCAAUUCGGGCCUUCCGGUGGCUACCAUCGAUACGUUUCAUUUUUUGUAUAUGCAUACUUUUGGGUUAUGCCAUCAGAAUAUGACAUGAACCUGAUAUAAAUGAAAAAAUAUCAAAACUGUAUGAAAAUUAGCAAAAUGAAUAACUUACUGAAGUAUGUAUUAAUAUGUGUUACAUGUAUGAUAGAGCAGAGUAUUUUUCGUUAGUACAUAAGGAGAAUUAUACAAUCACCAUACAUGCCAUUAUAGUAUAUGUUAGAAGAAUGAGCGGGCGAGGAGACUUAAUAAAGGGCAUGCAAACCAGUAUGAAAAUAAAAACAUCAGAAAUGCAUGUCCUUUUGCCAAGUUUCUAACUCACAUAACAUAGCUUCUAUUAGUUAUAACAUUAUAACACUAAGGACGUAACUAAACGUCUAUAUUGUUGACAGAAUGUAUGGGGUUAUCGUGUCUGUGAACUUAAUCAGCAAGGUCGACUCAAUUUUGUGAGAUAAGCUAUCAUCUAUCUGUUCCUGUCGACGUCUUUGUGACAUACAAUCACAAUUCUACUAAAUGUCAAGAUCGCCAAUGUUACACAUGGUGCGAUUACUUUGUGUGUGUGCAGCCCUGGUUGUACAAGUGAUCCGAGGAUGUCCGAAUGGAUGGGAAACGUUUGAUGGAUCCUGCUAUUUUGUGUCAGACUUGUUGGAAGAUUGGCCUACGGCAUCGACCACAUGUGGAUUGUAUCAUGCUCAUCUAGCUGAAAUAGAAGACACAAAUGAGGAAAAUUUCCUAAAACAAAUAGUAUCCAAAUACCAUGAUGGACACUCACAUGAUUACGACUAUUGGUUGGGGGCAACCGACGUGUUUGUGGAGGGAGACUGGCGAUGGAUGAACAGUGACCAACGUCUUACUUAUACAGAUUGGUAUCCAGACGAGCCAAACGAUUCCAACAGACUCGGGGAAGAUUGUAUGGUAGUACACAUCAGCCAGCAUCAGUAUCACUGGGAUGACCGAAGGUGUACAGAAAAACAUAAUUUCAUUUGUGAGAUCGGUGGUGGUUCCGGAGCAAUCGUCAUCGGCUGAAAAUGUUUACAGCGUCUUUUCUCUUUUACCGUGAUGAUAAUAUUUUUAUUAUUUUGAAAUAAAUAUGACAUGAUUAUUUGAUUUUGUAAGACACUUUAUAAUUUUUCGAUACUAUACAUAUGCUUGUGCAGGUUAGCCCUUUUUCAUAAUGACGACACUACAGCAAUGUUAACUGGGUUAUCAGUGAUAAUAAACCUCUUAACACCUCACAGAAGUAGUUAAUAUACUAUGGUAUGACUAUAAUAAUACAUGGAUGCAUCACUUUAUUAGUUUGUGUUGUGAUAUAAAACACCAAAUUAUCAUUCCAACAUCUGGCAUGAUAUCACAUUUAAUUCAGCAAAAUGCUAUGUAACAAAUUAAAACAGCAUCCUCACAACAAUCCUAACGAUUCAACUGUUUUGUAGACGCGUUACAAUGAGUACAUCGGGAUGAUAGGUUAACAAAGCCGUAAAUGUGAAUUAAAAAGCUUAAAAACUUGGGAAAAUAUGGACAAGACUUGAUAUUUUUCCCUUUAAAAAGUACUUAUACAGUAGAAAACGGGUCUUUCAUAUAGCUCUGACGAUUUGUCCUUUUGUUGGACAGUUUACACUUUACAUUAAUCGUCUCUUCGUAGGGAAACAUAUCUUUUUGUGUUCCCAACAUAAUCAGGUUCCAUAAGGGCGGAGACCUCGUGAAGCAUGCAUGAUCGAGGGUAAAUAAAGAAACAUGUUUCCCCAAGGGCAUUAAAUACAUUUUGAUACCGAAACAUUUCCUCUAUAAUCCAGAGGUUACGUCCGCUUUCGCUCUCUUUAACUCUGGAAUACAAAUAUAGUUUAAGUCUAAGCUAGGUCGAGUAAUCGUAAAAUUGGCUGGCUUUGAAGUCGGGUGUCGCUUUUCUCCAAUCUUCUUAAGACAGAUAUCACCCUGGCGAUUGGUCAGGGUUUUGUUUUUACCCGAGACCAAACAUAUUAGCUAGUCGUGUGCCCUCAACUUUUCUAUGAAUUAUCCCAGGGGUGUAGCGAUCGGACGUGAGUGUAACCCCUGUAGUAUUAAGGAUGACCGAAACAGGAAGACUUGAUUAUCACGAUUUAGUUAUUGCAUCUUCGCGCCAUUGGUGUCGUCUGCUUCAGUCACUCGGAACUCAGGUAUAGUGUCCGUUACUAAUUUUCCUGGAAAAGCUUUGAAUGAGAGAAACAUGAUAGGAGACAUUUGAGAGCAGGAUACAUUAUUUCCCGUCACGUGAUGAAUAUAAUCAAAUUAUAUACGUGUUUAUAUUCAUGAAGUAUAAUUAUACCUAAUACGAGUUAAGGACUUCCCACGCUUCGUAAUACACAUGUUUUUCUUGUUGUAUUUUUGAGUCGUCAUUUCCGUAUUGUGUAUGGGGCAUUUCAAUACCCUACGUAGUGUAAAUUAGAGUAACACAUGGUAAACAAUAGCACAUGUGCGUGACGAUAUGUCAACACCCAAUAUCGAGACUUAACCGGGAAAUGUGUAAUCACACGAACUUCAGAAACAAAGAUUCCUAUACAAAGACAUAAACUGUCUCCCGGGAAGACAAUGACAUGACACUAGACGACUUCAAGAAGGUCAUAUAUGAAGCGCAUGGAAUGCGGAAUGAUGUGUUUUGUGUCCCGACCUCACAUGGGGCUUAUCACGUGUUUAUACCAGUUAACAAGCUCGAGGUCGUUACGAUUUUCGCUGUCGAGCGAGUUACGCUAAUGCAGUACACUGACUCUGUUAGAAUAGUGUUUUGUAAAUAUAUUCUCAUCCCGAUGAAAAUGCAUGUGUGGGUGCACGUGAGAACGAUAGCCUCUGGUAACAUAAUUAUAUAUGUACUUGACAUGUAAAUAUAUCAUGCGCUAGUGGGCUGUGGAAUGAUGUCCAAAGUAUACAUGAUCGAGAGUAAUUUGGUUUGAAAAAAGAGUAAUAAAUUGUCUCUUUGAUAUCACAAUUUCAAUUUAUUUCCAUAUUUUUGUCACGAGAUAAUUGUCAUGUGUAAAUUUAAACCCUCUACAAAAAGUUUCGAUUUUUUUUCAAGGAAGACAAC